AUGAUCUGCCUCUCCAAGCCGGACGAGAAUGCGUUCCGGCAUCUGACCUUCAACCAGAGUCCGUCGCCGUUGGCCGCAGGCCACACGACCCGUCAGGACUUCAAUGGUCUCUGCAACCUCCGGGCCCACGUCGAAGGCGGCCAGGACGACGGAAGCGGAGGUGGAGGAAGUAGUAAUGGUGGCCAAUCGGGCGCCGGAUGUGAUGAGAAAUGCCAGUCCCUCUGCGCUCAACCGGAGCCCCUCGGCAAUCACCACGGCACGGAAGGGCUAUCCCAGGUCUUGGGUUCGUCUUCCCCUCACCGUGAGAUGCUGACAGGAAGAAAGUACCAAUUGACACCCAUUCAAGGACAGCCUCCGUGCCGAGAAAAGGUGGGCAGUGGCGAGAAGAACCACUCCCACCCAACCGUCCAGCUCUCCUCCCCAUCGUCGCCCUGCUACUCCCGCGUCUGGGGAUGGAUUGUCUGGGCUCUCUCCGUGCUCGCGGCCGCCUCGCUCCUCUCCUGGUGGAGGUCGCCGGCCCCCGCGACACGGAUCUCUGAGCCUGCACACACCGCCAACUCCGCCAACCUCUCCAAGCGAUCGUCUACCUGUGCCACCGGCGGCGCCAACGAGGCGGAAUACAACACGCCCCUCCACGUCGGCGCGCUUCUGAUCAUCCUCUUCGUCUCGAGCCUGGCCUGCGCGUUCCCCAUCCUCGCCCGGCGCUUUCCCGGGCUGCGCAUCCCGGCCCGCUUCUUCUUCGCCGUCCGGCACGUCGGCACCGGCGUGCUCAUCGCCACCGCGUUCGUGCACCUGCUCCCGACAGCCUUCACCUCCCUCGGCAACCCUUGCCUGAGCAGCUUCUGGACCAAGGACUACCAGGCCAUGCCCGGCGCCAUCUCCCUCGCCGCCAUCUUCCUCGUCACCGUGAUCGAGAUGGUCUUCCACCCCUCUCGUCACGUGCCUCCGGCCCCGAUCAUCACCCCCGCUGGAGGUGUCCAGCAGCAGGGAUCGGCCGAGACGCCCGGACAUUUCGGCCGCGGGUGCAUGGGCAGCGCCAACGUGAUGGCGCCCAUCCGUGACAUGGGCCCGCUCCGAGGGAGAGCCACGAGCAUCGGCCAAGGCCUGACCAGGCUGGACGCCGAGGGUCGAGAAGUGGAACAGCAGGCUGACGACGAGACCCGUGAUCAGGAGCAGCCCAAGCACAGCUCAGAGGAGCCUGUGGUCGAGACUAUCGGCUAUGACGGACUGACUCCGGAGCAGAAGCAGCGCAAGGACCUCAUGCAAUGCGUUUUGCUCGAGCUCGGCAUCCUCUUCCACAGCGUCUUUAUUGGCAUGGCACUCAGUGUGUCGAUAGGCAACGAGUUUGUUAUUCUACUCAUCGCUAUCGUAUUUCAUCAAACUUUCGAGGGUCUCGCCCUCGGAUCCCGCAUCUCCGCUAUCAAGUGGCCGCAUGGCAGCAAACAGCCGUGGCUCAUGGCACUGGCAUACGGAUGCACAACCCCUAUCGGUCAGGCUAUCGGCCUCGCCACCCAUACUCUCUACAGCCCAGACUCGGAAAUCGGGCUCAUUGUCGUCGGGGUCAUGAAUGCCAUCUCGGCCGGGCUGCUCACUUUUGCCUCUCUGGUCGAGUUGCUCUCGGAGGACUUCCUCAGCGACGAGAGCUGGCGCUUUCUGCGCGGCAAGAGACGUGUCUAUGCCUGCCUCCUCGUCUUCCUCGGGGCGUUCUGCAUGAGCCUGGUCGGCGCCUGGGCCUAA